GUGAGGACGGCAGCAGACGGCGGCAGGAUGGUCACGACGGGGGUGAUCUCAUCGGGCCGGAAUCCUCUGCGGAUCAGCUUCAGGUGGACGGCCUGGCCCGUGUGUCGGAGGAUUUCCACGGCCUGUUGGUUGGUGUACCCCUGGAUGUCCACUCCGUCCACCUACAGGGGGCGCCGCCGGUCAAGAACCAAUGGAAAAACAUUUCUUUGCUGGAUACGACUCAGCCGGUGCGCGCAAUGUGGUUCGUCCUGUAAGACGUGCAGUUUGUGGACACCUGAAAAAAAUUCAAUAUUUCACGUGGGAUGUAAGGCGCGUGGAUGCGGCCCCCCUCCCCCUACCGGAACAGGAUAUCGAUUUGAUUCCCAGUAUUGGGAAGGGAAGAAUCGAGAGGACGCGGACGGUCAGUGGCUUGACGAUGUGGGAUGUUACGGCGACCGAUCGAAUUUAGUAGCGAUUGACGCGCCUCAAUUUUGGCUAGAAUAAAAAGAAUGCUGGAAGCCACCUGAUUGGACGCCAACUGUCCGGCUGGGCGUUCGCAAAUAAGGAGGCUCGGGAUAUCAGGUGCAAUUGGCACUAAAGCAGAAGAAGCGUCCUGUGCAACCUGAAGGCCUGAGUGUUGAACUUAACAUAAGCAGCGGGCGGUAAGAGGGGGAGGCCAUGUGGACCGCACGCCUGCUAGUCCUCGCCAGCCUCUUUGCUCCAGCAACUACGGCCUUCAGCCGGGCGCCCAUUCCCAUGGCGGUGGUGCGUCGGGAGCUGUCGUGCGAAGGCUACCCCAUCGAGCUGCGCUGCCCGGGCACUGAUGUCAUCAUGAUCGAGAGCGCCAACUACGGGCGCACCGACGACAAGAUCUGCGACGCCGACCCGGCGCAGAUGGAGAACACCCGUUGCUAUUUGCCGGACGCCUACAAAAUCAUGUCCCAAAGAUGUAAUAACCGGACGCAGUGCGCCGUGGUGGCCGGACCCGACGUAUUUCCAGACCCCUGCCCGGGAACUUAUAAAUAUCUGGAAGUCCAAUAUGAAUGUGUACCGUACAAAGUGGAGCAAAAAGUAUUCCUGUGCCCAGGGCUUCUGCGCAGGGUAUACCAGAGCGAACACCUCUUCGAAUCGGACCACCAGUCCGGAGCGUGGUGCAAAGAUCCCCUCCAGGCUUCCGAUAAGAUCUACUACAUGCCGUGGACGCCCUACCGCACGGACACCUUGACCGAAUACUCGUCCAAGGAAGACUUUGUCGCCGGCAGGCCGACGACAACCUAUAAGCUCCCGCACCGCGUGGACGGCACGGGCUUCGUGGUGUACGACGGGGCGCUUUUCUUCAACAAGGAGCGCACUCGCAACAUCGUCAAGUUUGACCUGCGGACUCGCAUCAAGAGCGGCGAGGCCAUCAUCGCCAACGCCAACUACCACGACACCUCUCCCUACCGUUGGGGCGGGAAAUCCGACAUCGAUCUGGCGGUGGACGAGAACGGCCUGUGGGUGAUCUACGCUACCGAGCAGAACAACGGUCGCGUAGUCAUUAGCCAGCUCAACCCGUACACGCUGCGCGUAGAGGGCACGUGGGACACGGCGUACGACAAGCGCUCGGCGUCCAACGCUUUCAUGAUAUGCGGGGUCCUCUACGUGGUGAAGUCUGUCUACGAGGACGACGACAACGAGUCCGCGGGGAAUAAGAUCGACUACGUCUACAACACGGAGCUCAGCAAAGACGGAUUCCUGGACAUCCCUUUCCCCAACUCGUAUCAGUACAUCGCUGCCGUGGAUUACAAUCCCAGAGACAAUCUGCUUUACGUUUGGAACAAUUACCACGUGGUCAAGUACUCACUGGACUUUGGCGUGCUGGACAACCGACUCGAGUCGUCAUCCUCCAUGAUGAUCUACGUGGACACGACAAGCACCACCGCGAGGACCACCGCACGGCCCGCCACCACGACGCUCGCCUUCACUUCGCCGAGAACUGGCACCGUCAAAACGAGCACCGCGGCUCUCAUCGCCACGUCCACGGUGGCGGCGGUCCCUCCGAGAACGCAGACGCCGGUGGGGCGUUUGGGCACGGGAGACGAACGGUCGCCAUCUUCUUCCAGGCUUCCCAAUGUCAGGGUGGAGUACUGUAACCCUCUGGUCAUGAUGGACGUCUCUUGGCCCAAAACUGGGCAGGGAGUGGUCGCCAAAAUGCCGUGUCCUCCUGGGACCAUAGGUGUGGCUACUUACUCAUGCGUGGGUCCCGAGGGGUACUGGGACCCGCAGGGGCCGGAUUUCACGAACUGCACCUCCCCUUGGGUCAACAUCAUCAGCCACAAGUUGAAAGCGGGCGAGACGGCGGCAGUGAUCGCCCGCGAGCUGGCCGAGCAGACCAAGAGCAACCUCCAGGCGGGCGACAUCACCUACACGGUGAGGACCAUGGUGCAGCUGGUGGAUCUGCUCGAUGUCCAGCUGCGAAACCUGACGCCGGGCGGGAAGGACAGCGCGGCGCGGAGUCUCAACAAGCUGCAAAAAAGAGAACGCUCCUGCCGUUAUUACGUUCAGGCUAUGGUGGAGACGGUCAACAAUCUGCUACAGCCACAGGCGCAGGUGGCCUGGCGUGAACUAAGCACGGGCGAGCAGCUGCGGGCCGCCACUACACUGCUGGACACGGUCGAGCAGGGCGCCUUCGUGCUUGCGGACAAUCUGCUCAAGACCGACAUCGUGCAGGAGAACACGGAGAACAUACAGUUGGAGGUGGCUCGGAUGAGCACCGACGGGAAUUUGCCUGACCUGAAAUUCCCUCAAACGGGCGGACACGGUAGCUCCAUCCACCUGUCGGCGAACACGCUGAAACAGCACGGACGAAACGGCGAGAUCCGGAUCGCUUUCGUGCUGUACAAGCACAUCGGCGUGUACUUGUCCACGGAGAACGCCAGCGUCAAGUUAAGCAGCGACGCCACGGCGACCAAUUAUUCCGUCAUCGUCAACUCGCCGGUGAUCACGGCCGCCAUAAACAAGGACGCCAAUAAAGUCUACCUCUCGGACCCGGUGGUGUUUACCAUCAGACACUUGCAGCAAUCGGAGGAAAACUUUAACCCCAACUGUUCCUUCUGGAGCUACUCCAAGCGCAGCAUGAGCGGCUACUGGUCCACGCAGGACUGCCGCUUGCUGGACACCAAUAGAACGCACACCACUUGCUCCUGCACCCACCUCACCAACUUUGCCGUCCUCAUGGCCCACGUGGACGUCAAGAACACGGACCCUGUUCACAAUAUGCUCCUGGACGUCAUCACUUGGGUGGGCAUCCUCCUUUCGCUGGUGUGCCUGCUGGUCAGCCUCUUCACCUUCUGCUUCUUCCGCGGCCUCCAGAGCGACCGCAACACCAUUCACAAGAACUUGUGCAUCUGCCUCUUCAUCGCAGAGUCACUCUUCCUCGUCGGGAUCAAUCGCGCUGACCAGCCGAUCGCGUGCGCCAUCUUCGCCGCCCUCCUGCACUUCUUCUUCCUGGCGGCGUUCACAUGGAUGUUCCUGGAGGGCGUGCAGCUCUACAUUCUGCUGGUGGAGGUGUUCGAGAGCGAGCACUCGCGCCGCCGCUACUUCUACAUGGUGGGCUACGGGCUCCCGGCCCUCGUUGUGGUCGUCUCGGCCGUGGUGGACUACCCCAGUUACGGCACGGACAGAGUUUGCUGGCUUCGCCUUGACACCUACUUCAUUUGGAGUUUCAUCGGACCGGCAACCUUGAUAAUUAUGCUCAACGUCAUCUUCCUAGGUAUCGCUCUUUACAAGAUGUUCCAUCACACGGCCAUUCUCAAGCCCGAUUCCGGUUGCCUGGACAACAUCAACCACCGUUAUUACCAGGGAUGCGUUAUUGUAGAGUUGCAAUGCUAUCAGGAGUACGAACCCAAGAUCAAAUCUUGGAUUAUCGGUGCCAUCGCCUUGCUGUGCCUGCUGGGCCUGACCUGGGCCUUCGGGCUGAUGUACGUCAACGAGAGCACGGUGGUCAUGGCCUACCUCUUCACCAUCUUCAACUCGCUGCAGGGCAUGUUCAUCUUCAUCUUCCACUGCGUACUGCAGAAAAAGGUGCGGAAAGAGUUCGGCAAGUGCCUGCGGACGCACUGCUGCAGCGGCAAAAGCAUUGACAGCUCCACCGGUUCCAAGGGGAACGCUUCUCGCGCUCCUGGACGCUACUCCGCUGCUUCACAGAGUCGCAUCCGCCGGAUGUGGAACGACACGGUCAGAAAACAGUCCGAGUCGUCUUUCAUGACCGGCGACAUCAACAGCUCGGCGUCGCUCAACAGAGGGGCUAUGGCUAACCAUCUUAUUCCUAAUGCGCUCCUACGUCCUCACGGCACUAACAAUCCGUAUAAUACAUUGCUCGGGGAGUCGGCGGUCUAUAACAACCCUCUGGGCAUGUACAACGCACAAGAGCCCUACAGAGAGACAAAGGGCAUCCUGAACAACGCCCGGGAUACAAGUGUCAUGGAUACACUACCACUGAAUGGUAACCACGGCUACAGCAUCGCCAGCGCCGACUACAUGAGCGAUUGCGUCCAGAUCAUCGAGCGGGGCUACAACCACAAGGAGACCACCUUGGAGAAGAAGAUCCUCAAAGAGUUGGCCUCCAACUACCUCCCGACCUACCUGAACAAUUCGGCAGAGCACAACCGCAACCUGGUCAACAAGUUGGUGAACAACGUGAGCAAGGAGAGCGGCUACGCCUCGGGAUCGCGAGCCGACGCCGCCGAGCGCGCCCUCUUCGGCGCCCUAGCGGACCGGGGCCCGGAGUCGGACGUGCCGCUUUUGCCUCAGAGGGCGCUCUCGCUACCGCCGUCGGAGAGUUCCUACAGCCCGCGCCGGCCGCCGCCCCUCCCGCUCGCCCGCCGCCCCUACUCGGCCGCCCCUUCUUCGUCGUCGCGGCGGCGGAUCCCGCAGGAGAACAGCGAGAGCUUCUUCCCGCUGCUGAACGACGAGCAGGCGGAAGAGGAGGAGGAGGAGGACUCGCCGGCCUCCGGCCGCCAGAGAGACUCGCUGUACACCAGCGUGCCCGCGCUGCCGGGGCUCCCCGCGGGCCCCGAGGACCCCGAGCCCAAGAGUCCCGGGGCCGGCUCGGACGACGUGUACUACAAGAGCAUGCCCAACCUGGGCUCGGGGAACCACCUCCACCGGCUGCACUCCUACUACCAGCUGGGACGCGGAAGCAGCGACGGUUUCAUCGUGCCCCAAAACAAGAACGACCUGUCCCCGGGGGAGCCCCUACCGGAGCCCUCGCACCUGGUCACCAGCCUAUAGACCAACGCCGGCGGCUUUUUUUUCCUCCCCCCUCGGACAUCAACCCCUUUGAUUUUAUUCCCGCCGUUGCGGAAGAAAACAUUUCAGCUCCCGCCUCCGCGCCGGAACAUCUGUGUGGAAAUGUAGUCGGACAAAACCGAGAGACUAUUUUAUGAUACGACUUGACGUUUUCUUUCCCCCCCCGAGGAUUUCUUUGGCACGUUUUGUUCGCUGAAGAGCCAACAAAAACAUUGAAAGCCUAGCUGCUCUUUCUUUGUCAUGUAAUCAAAAGUAGCGUUGCACCGAUGCCAACGCUAGUAUUGCUACCGAUGAUAUGAGUUUAUCUCUGGUUGAUGUCCAAUCCAGUGGCAGCGAAUGAAUGACAACUCCUAAUUAGAGGAGCUAAUUAGUUAAGCGGUGUCUGACCAAGCCAUAAUGGCAACUACUUUAACGCUAUUAAAAGAAGAAAAAAUGUAUCGUAUCCGCAUCGGGAGCCCAAAAACGGUAUCGGUGCAACGCUAAUUAAGAGAGGGGAAAAAACCGAUUCUAUGAAAAUGUACAGAUAACUAGCUAAGCUUUUGUUCCGGACGACCGACCUCGUGUUUCUGUACGUGUGAGCCAAUUUUUCUGUUCUGUCCCUGUUCUUUUGUCACAAACAUGACGUCAUUUGUGCCACGUCUUUGUUUUCAGGUUUGGCUUUGGUUUCCCCCCCUCUUUUCAGUGUCGAUGGCCGUUUUAUUCCAGUGGUUGUCAAGGAGGUGUCUCUCAAAAAAAGGGGGUAGAACUAACCGAUCAGCACUUAGACACUUCUUGUACAAUAAUGGCUGUUGUACUUAUUAAAGAAAAAGCUUUUGGAGUGACACAAAACAAAGUGUUUUCUCCUUUGUUGGUCUUCAAAUACACAUGCAGGGUAGUAGGGGCGCUGCCAGGGAUUUUGGGCCCCAUGAAAAGAUAUCACCACCACCAAACUAUGUAAUUUCCUGCAUUCUGGUGAAUCUUUACACACUAAUUUGUGCAUUUUCUGCAUUAAUUUAAGAUGAAAAUAUAUUUAAACAUACAGCUUAUAGAGCAAUAAUGAAUACUGAUAUCAUCUAUAAGAAAUGUACUAAAGGCCAUCUUUUACAAUCUAUCAGAAAUAUUCUCAAAGCAAAUACCAUAAUGACAUAAUGUUUUAUUUUAACUAUACUACAGUAUGCAUUAAAGUAUACAACUGUUUUAGUAUGAAGAGCUUGCUAAGGGUUUGCCUGCAGUACUGAUUAAAUGUAAGCUAAAAGUGGAGCAAACACUAGCAAACAAUUAGUAUUUCAUUGUGGAGUAGGCUUAGCCCCAUCUGGAAACCCGCGAUCUCCACUAUAGGCUACAGCUCCGAAGCGAGGUCCCUUGUUAACUCAAUUGAUGACGAACUAAAUUCAAUAAAUUCUUCACAAACUGGAUUCAAGCAGAUUUUAAAGAAAAUUUCCAUACCAACUUUCAACAUCUCUAGGAUACCAAAAAAUGCCGUAAUUAUUUGGAAUUCUUGUUUUUGAAUAGGUGAAUGUCGCUCAAUGAGGCCGGGAAAAUCCCGUAUUUCUUACGGAGUGAGCUGGGACCUCGCUUCGGAGCUUUGUGAAAGACAUCGCGAGGUUCCAGAUGGGGCUGGAGUGGGCUAAGAUAACAGGUUAAUUUUCAGCACUACACUGACACAAGACACCAACCUUCCUUUGUCACAUCCUGGCGGCCUUUUCUACCCCUCUCCUGUUUUGCUCAUUCCUCUUUUGAUAACCCGAUUUUUGUUUUGAAAACAUUUCUGCAGUACCGCACACUGUCAUUGGAGUAAAUGCGCACCGCUGCUCCCGGUCUGAUCGAAGGAAGUGCGGACCAAACCAUUUAAUGAAUGGCUGGCAAUACAUGUUUUCUUGGUCUUUACUUUUGUCAAAAACUAAAAAAGAAACCCUUCAUUUUAUUGCUAUUAAAACUAUAAUGAUUAAUAUUUAAAUUUGCAAACGAUUGCCUGAUGUUCUAAUUUUCUUUGUCGGCCCCAUCAGGGCAUGGGCCCUUAGGAUCAAUAUCACUUUUCACCCCUGCACAGUAGGCUUAUGGAACACUCCAAAACUGUCCGUAGGUUUGAAUGUGUGCAUACGUGAUUAUAGGUCUCUUCGUGCCCGGUAACCAAUUCAGGAUGUACCUCGCCUGCUGUCCAUCGUUAGCCCAAGAUGGUCUCCAGUGCCCCAGCAAGCCUCAGAAGAUGAAGCAAGUAAUAAAGUACGUUCUACAUGAGGUAAGAACACAGUUGUUUUUAAAUGUAUGACAAAACACGAAAGCUGAUCCGACAGUCGAGGGUUGUUGAUGUGUUUGUCUUGUACAACCCCUAGCAAAAAGUAUGGACUCACCAGUCUCGGACGAGCACUCAAACAUUUGAUUAUGUAGAACAAACUCUGAUUAAAAAGCUUGAAAAAAUAAUUAGUUCAAAAGUGCAACUCUUUAGCAUUCAGAAACACUACAAGAAAUGAAUAAAAAAAACAUUGUGGUGGUCAGUAAACGUUACUUUUAUUGCUAUUUUUGUGUAGUGAUUGCAAAUGCUACUCGGUGACAGCUAAAAAAACGCUUAAUUUACUUUUUUAUUUACACAACAGCCUUCAUAUGUGGACGGUCGUAAUGUCUCGAAUCAUUUCUAAGUUCCAGAGCAGCAGUGUUUACUCAGCAUGUUCUUCUUUUGAAAGCUUACCGGCAGAAAACAAGCAGUAAUUGCAUGGGUUUUAUGCGAGCGCACUUCUAUGUUGACCCCCUUCCGGUUUAGGAUGGUGACGUCACGCAGCCCUGCGGUCUAAAAAUAGCAUUUGUGCGGAACGCUAUUCAAAGCAGAAGCUUGUUUUUCUGUUUAUUAGUUUCAUAGAAUGAUUUCCUGACACAUGUGAGAUCAUCGUUAUCUCGACCCUUGUAUCACAAAUCGUAUCGUGAUGUACCCUGCUGACUAGUGUACGUUCUUCUUUUUCAGCACCUUGUUCAGGCUUUUGUGGAGCAGCACUCAUACCCAAAAUGUAAGAAACGAAUGUAAGGUGAGUUGGUGAUGCCCAAAUGUUGUUUUUUCCUUUCCAGUAUAUUAAAACGAAGUAGAAAUUCAAUAACAUAUGUUCUUGCGUUUAGUUAAAUAUUAGCAAUUCAGGUACAACAAAUAGAUAAAAACUUUGAGGACGUUUGGCUCAAACUAAGGAAACACAUCACCACUCUUGCUACGAUCCGAUCCGAUGUCAUUGGUUGCCAUGGACGGCGAUUCUUAGACAUCCAAUUCAUAUUUGACUGGAAUGUUUUCUUACUUUACCACUAUUUUUCUAUACUAUUUCACCACUAAGAUGUCCUUUCCCCCCCAAGAAUAAUACAAAGUAUGCAUUUUAUCACCUGGGGAAAAAAGUAGACGCAGCGGCCGUUAUCGUUCUUCGAUUGGAACGGUUAUCUCCGGCAACAGCUGCUUGUUACGGGGCCACACUGUAGCAAAAAUGAAAUGACACAUGUCAUACAGUCUGCAGUGGGGGGCCUUCACCUGACGGGGGAAGAAAAAAAAAAAUCAAUAGUUACGAAUGUCGGGCAGAAUUCCAAAUGAAAGGUGAAUCAAUGUCAUCUUGCCCUUUGUGAAUUGGGACAACCUGAGGGGGGAAAAAAAACAUUAAAUACGUGUUCUUUUAUUUAUUUAUUUGGCGUAGGAUAACAUUGAUCGGGAGCGGAGCGCUGAAAUUUUUCCACAAGGUCACGGAAAACAAUACACGACCUAGGACACGCACGCAAGAGCAGAGCAUUCCGGUAAGAAGUGUAUGUCGACGUACACGGCGAUCGAUGGACAUUUUUUCAAUUUUACAACGCUGAUGAAAACUCAAUGCGUUUUUUUUUCCUCAAAUGUUUAGAUGUAGAUGAUGAUGCUGGCAUUAGCACUGGGUAGCUCACAAUACCAUUUGCGAUAUAACUUACAAGGCUUACGAUAACGAUGAUCUCACGAUACGGUGAUAAAAAAAAUAUAUCGAUACUUGGGUCAGGAAAUUGUUCUACAAAUAGAAACUGCAAAUUCUGGAGAAAUUACUAUGGGGCUUUGCUGUAGGGAGAUACUGUACAGAUCUUAGCUCCACCCAUGUUGAUUUGGGGACAUUUCGAAUGGCAUUGACUUACAUUUGCGUCAAUGGAAUCCAAGUACAUUGGCAUGAAUAGAAUCGAUAUACAUGGCUGUCAAUGGCAUUAACCAAAGUAAAUGCCAGUGAAAAAUGAAUGGGAAAUUUGGACGUCCGUGGCCGUCAAUGGCAUCGACUUACAUAUGCGUCAAUGGAGUCCAAGUACAUUGGCGUCAAUAGAAUUGACAUACAUGGCUGUCAAUGGCAAGGACGUUCAUAGCCCUCAUUGGCAAUUGUGUACUCAUGCGUCAAUGGAAUAUGAAUGACAUUGGGAAUGAAUGGGAAAUUUGGACAUCCAUGGCCGUCAAUGGAGUCGACAUACAUGGCUGUCAAUGGCACGGACGUACAAAGCCCUCAUUGGCAAUUGUGUACUUGUGCGUCAUUGCAAUAUGAAUGACAUUGGAAAUGAAAGGGAAAUUUGGAUGUCCAUGGCUGUCAAUGGCAUCGACUUAUAUAUGCGUCAAUGGAGUCCGAGAACAUUGGCGUUAAUCGAAUCGACAUACACGGCCGUCAAUGGCAUCAAUGCAUUGUAAAUUCCAUUGGAAGUGAAUGGGAAAUUUGGACGUCCAUGGACGUCAAUGGCACCCCAUUAAAAAUGAAUGGGAAAGUUUUUGGCAAAUAUCCGUAAUGUUUUUACGAAUUCUACGUCAACAUAUGCGUCAAUGGAAUCCGAGUACAUUGGCAUCAAUAGAAUCAACAUACAUAACCGUCAAUGGCAUGAACUGAAGAAAAUGUCAUUAGAAAUGAAUGGGAAAUUUGGACUUACAUGGCUAGCAUUGGCAUCCCAUUAAAAAUGAAUGGGAACGUUUUUGGCAAAUUUCCGUCAUUUUUUUCCAAAUUCUGUGUCAACAUAUGCGUCAAUGGAAUCCGAGUACAUUGGCAUCAAUAGAAUCGACAUACAUAACCGUCAAUGGCAUGAACUGAAAAAAAUGUCAUUAAAAAAUGCAUGGGAAAUUUGGACUUACAUGGCUGUCAUUGGCAUCCCUUUAAAAAUGAAUGGGAAACUUUUUGGCAAAGUUCCGUAAUUUUUUUCCGAAUUGUGUGUCAACAUAUGCGUCAAUGGAAUCCAAGUACAUUGGCAUCAAUAGAAUCAACAUACAUAACCGUCAAUGGCAUGAACUGAAGAAAAUGUCAUUAGAAAUGAAUGGGAAAUUUGGACUUACAUGGCUGGCAUUGGCAUCCCAUUAAAAAUGAAUGGGAACGUUUUUGGCAAAUUUCCGUAUUGUUCUGUAUACAACUUUUAUGGUCCUCACGGUCCCCGAAUUUUUAAAAGUCUGAAUUAUGUGAUUUGGUCAAAAACUGUAGUUCUUGAUACAUUUUGAAUUUUUCCAAAAAUCUGUUUCAGGGCGAACUGAAAAUUUUAGUGGUCAUUCGAAAAAGUCCCUGCGUCGUGCGAAAAUUCUUUUUUUUUCGAUAUUCGAACGGUGCCGAUCCGUCAAACAGUCGAUCCGUCAGGCAGUUCGUGAAUGCUCUGGUGCGAGAUGUGCAAUCCAGUCAAAAUAAAUUGGAAGUCUAGCGCCGUCAAUGGCAGCCAGUGAGCUCAUGAUACGCCCAUACAAUUAUUAUUGAUAGAUGGGUCUGGAAAUCAUUCUACGAUUAGCUAAUAAGGUUAAUAAAGCUAAUAAGUUCAUUCAUUUUGAGUUCAUUUUUCACUCAAUUUUCUGUUGAUUAUCUGUCAGUGGCAGCCAGUGAGCUAAUGGAAGAUUUUUCUUUUUAUAAACAACGAAACCUUUUUAAAACGAUAUAUCAAUUCCUUUUGUGAGCAUAUCGAUAACCUUUUGGGCGACAAAGUAUCGCCAUUGCAUCGCCUUUUUGAUGUAUUGUCACACCCCUAGUUUGCACAUCCGGCUAGCUUUCCGACGACUCGCCGGAAUCCGUGUUGGCCGUCGCCAAUCGCUAAAGAUAAUCUUUUGAAUUAAGAGCAAAGGGGAAAAAAGGAAAAAGGCAGGCUGAAGACUUUUGAUGUGAUAAGCGGCCUUUUGUCCACGCACGCACGCACGCGAGCACGCACGCACGCAGGCAGGCAGGCAGGCGAUGUUAUUUUAAUUAAAUAUAUGAAGACAGGACUGCGGCCCCAGAUGCCGGAGUCUAAAUAAAGAUAGCAUCAUCUCAUCAAAGCCCCCCGACCUCCCGCCUCCCAGAGUGUUUCAAGGGCAGAAUUAUUUUCUAUUAGGGCUCCUCUCCUCUGGGAUCUAGCCAAUUUUCUUUAUUAUGAUGGAAUCAGCAUAUUGCAGAUGGAAGCGGCCGAUAGCGCCGGCCGGCACAACGCCGAUGUUCAAACGGCGGCGAUACAGUGGACAAUGCCAACUGCCCUUCUUUAUCUCUGUCCACAGUCACUUCCGGUGACCUUGUUGCUUUCCAGGCUUCCAAUUGUGACAUUAGGAAAUGCAUUUAUACUUAAAGGACGUCACGUUGAGUCUAAGUGCCCUAUAGGUGAAAGUGUAGUAAAAAAAAACCUGCAAAUGAUAAUAAAAUGAAAUUUUCAAAUGAAACUGGAAACUGCAAUUUCUGGAGAAACUACUCUGGGUCCUUGCUGUGUGGAGAUGCAGAUCAUAGCCCCGUCCAGGUUGGGGACAUUUCGGGGACAAUAUCAGGUCACUUCCUGGUGAUUUGGGGACAUUUGGGGGACACGUCCU